AUGUUUGAAGCACGCCUGGUGCAGGGAGAGCUGUUGAAGAAGGUGCGCUCCGGGUCCGGGACCCCGAUCCUGGAGGCCACCAGGGAGCUGGUGACGGAGGCCAACCUGGAGAUCGGCGCCACCGGCGUCAGUUUGCAGGCCAUGGACUCCAGCCACGUCUCCCUGGUGGCUCUGUCCCUGAGGUCAGACGGAUUCGAGCACUACCGUGCCGACCGUGCCUUUUCCAUGGGUAUGAAUCUGAACAACGUGAGCAAGAUGCUGCGGUGUGCCGGCAAGGAUGACAUCAUCACUAUCAAGGCGGACGAUGGAGACGAUACAGUGUAUUUCACCUUUGAGAGUCCAACUCAAGACAAGGUCUCUGAGUUCGAGCUCAAGCUCAUGGACAUCAGUAGCGAGAACCUUGGCAUCCCCGAGACAGAGUACGCCGCCUCCGUGCGCAUGCCCUCUGCUGAGUUCCAGCGCAUCUGUCGAGAUCUCAGCUCCAUCGGCGACACAGUGGAGAUGAGCGUGACCAAGGACGGCAUCAAGUUCUCGACCACAGGUGACAUCGGCAAUGCCAGUGUCAUUUGCAGGCAGAACACUGCGAUUGAUAAGCAAUCCGAGGAGCAGACAGUGAUCGACAUGAACGAGCCGGUGGUGCUCACCUUUGCGUUGCGGUAUCUCAACAGCUUCACCAGGGCCACAGGAUUGAGCCCUAUGGUGCAAAUAAAGCUGAGCAAGGAUCUCCCGGUUGUGGUCGAAUACCGCAUCGCAGACAUGGGCUUUGUGCGGUACUACCUGGCGCCCAAGAUUGAGGAUGAAGAGAUGGAGGGCUGA